UCUCUGCGAAUUGAAGGUUUGGAAGUGAUUCUCGAAGAACCCGAGUUGGAAAACUGUUCGACUGCGUCCACGACGGAAGAUAGUUGUUGUUGCGACUGUGAAGACGACAAUUGUUCGUGUUGUGCGGAAUCCACUUCGUCUUCGGCCGACAAACGCGAAGAGUACGUGUUGGGGAAUCCGUCCGGUCCCGAUGGGAAAACUGAACGGCCGACCUUAGAUUCUUUAUGUGAGGAAAUUGUGAAAGAAGAGGCAGUGGAACCAAACAAAGAGAGGUUGUUGGAAAUCUACCAUGAGACUGUGAGACAAAGGAACCCAAAAUCUGUGUUUGCAUCUAUCCUUGCAUUCAACAAUGCUGCUGCUAUGAACAAUAAUAACAAUAACCAAACCAGCAGCAGCAAUAACAAAGCCAAGAUGGAAAAGAAGGUUGUGGUGGAAAUUGUGGAGGAAUCAUCUUCCAAAGAAAAUGCGGAAAAGUUCAGACUGCCAUCAGUGAAGGACCUGAGAUGCAGAUUUGAACAAAGCCCAGGAAACAAACCUUCAUUUACAAAGAAGUCUGCACCAAAACCAGUUCUUGAGCCAAUGCAGCAUCAAAACACCACCUUUUUGUCCAAGCUGCAGCAACCCAAUCUGAAACCUGUUCCUCAACAACCUCCAAAACCUGUUUCCAUUUCACCUGUAGCCAGGAAAAUUGAGGCUGCCAAGUCAAGAAUAGUUGGGGACAGUCACAAAGAAAAUCCUGCUACCAACUCUGCUGCAGUUACUGCUGGUCACAAAGAAAAUGAAAUCAAGAGCAAGUCCCCUGGAACAGAACUGCUGACAUGGAAAGCCUUGUCCAAGCAUCCAGAAACUGAGAAAAAUAGACACCAGGCUCCAACCAGAAGCAGCAAUGGGUCUUUGGAUAAUACUGAUCACAAGUCUGACUCUGAAGACAGUGGCAUCAACAGCAAUCAAUCCACUCCUGUCUGGGACCCUGUGCGUUUGGCCAAAGAUUUGUACACUAUUGACCAGCCAGAUCCUCCAGGGACUGGAAGAACCUUGUCAAGACUGCGCCCAGUAUUUGAGCGCUGUGACAACUUGCCAGACAAGAACAAAGCAGAUAACAAGGGAUAUUUGAACAUGGAAGGAUACCUUGAGAAACUUCCUUCUGGCAGAAGGAAAGUGACCUUCUGGAAUGCCUGGAAAAGGCGAUACUUUAGACUGGAGAAUGGCUAUUUGAGAUAUUAUCAGAGUCAGAAUUCAGAGAAACCCAGUCAAACCAUGCAGUUGAUGGGAGGCAGUGUUGACACAAUAGAAAACAUGAUGUCUGGGAGUGCUGAUGAGACUGUCCUCCAACAGAAGCAAAUGUUCCCCAAUGUUCUUGGAAUUGAUGAUGGAAAGGGACACUACCUAGUGGUCAAGUGUGCCACCAAAAAUGAUUUGCUGACUUGGCAAAAAGCCCUGAUGACUCAUGUGCAAGAGAACUUUGCAGCCACUUAUGUCCAACCAAGCCCUCUGCCUGUUGAGCCUUCAAUGUUCAAGAAGGUUGUGGUCCUGGACAUUGGAAGCAGGUCCUUGAGAGCAGGAAUUCUUUCCAAGACCCCAACAUUCCCCCAAGUCUUCCUGCCAAGUUCUGCUUUGGUGGACAGAAAGAACUCAUCCAAGAGAGUCUUUGGUUUUGAGGCCUUCUGCUCUGAUGACAGAGCUCAUUCCCAGUUGGUCCAUCCCUUGAGAGUCACCCACAAACCAUCUCAAAGGCAUCAAUGGGACUGGCCAACCAUUGAAGGCAUGCUGGAGCACACUAUAAGGAAGACCAAAGUGGACCACAACCUGAGUGACUAUGAAGUGAUUGUGACCAUCCCUUGGCACUUGUCCAGCAGAGAGUUCCAGACCAAACUGUUGGAUGUCUUGUUCAAGUCCUUGGGUUUCAAGACUGCAUAUGUUGUGCCUCAGUCUUUGGCUGCCUUUCAUGUGUACAAUGCCAAUUCUGGGAUUGUGGUGGACAUUGGAGAGAGGCUUGAUGUUCUGCCCAUCACUCAUGGUUUUGUUGUGGAAUUGGGAGCCAGCAAGGUGUUGUGUGGAGGGGAAACCCUGGCCUCACACUUGAGCAUGUGCUUGCCUGGGGGCAGUCAAGUGUUUGCAGCACAAGGAGACAAACUGGCAGUUAGAUAUGCCAUGGAAAGACUCUGUUAUUGCGCCAUGGACUACAGCUCUGAGAUGGACUGCUUUGAGUCAGAUGCCAGGCAAUUCCACAGGGCUGUUCCUUUGCCUGUCAAAGGGGAGGAGAGCAUUUCUGAAUGCGAAUCUCCUUUGGAAGUUGAGCUGGACUGUGGAAGGUUCCAUGGACCAGAACCGGAAAAGUUUGGUCUCAACACCCCACAACUGAGUGGUCCCUAUGUAUUCAACCACAUGUUCCGAUAG